UAGUGGUAAGAUGAUGCACUCUAAACGACCAAAAUGGUGACACAUCCUGCAUUAUCGGAUUAUAAUUACCCAAAUGAUCAAAAUUAGUUAACUUUUCAAAUCAGGGUUUUGGAAAAUGUGUUAAGUGGCAUCAGAGAUGCUUGUAUCUAUCUCUGGUGAUAUCCACCAAUACCACGACGUCGUAAAACUGUCGCGGAAUACGGCAGCAAACAUGGAACACGUUGGCUUGAUCGGCUAGAGCUGCUGGUUGAUACUAAGGAAACAGGACAAAUAUGAACCAGCGGGGAGAUGUAAAAACAGUUGUGUGUGUAAAGCGUUGUAAAUGAGGUUAGUUUGUAAGUCGCGUCUUGUUCGCGAUGUUCUUGUCGGUUUCUAAAAAUAACUUGGCGGUGUGUGCGAGAAGUGUGUGUUGGGCAAUUCCUGCGUCAUGGCGGCAGCAGCAGCAGCAGACAGGUGUGUGUGUGAGGGUAGAACUGAAGUUGCUGCAGAGACUUAAAAACAGAGUGUCCUCUGUCGCCCAGUGGUCCAGCUACACACAAUAUCACACACACACCCCGCAAGACACGCACAUCCCCAGCCCAACGACCCCUGAGGUUAGCGGCCAAGAGCUAAAGGGUUCCACGGAAAGCGUCUCCAGAUCUUGUCGCCGCAGAGGUCACGAGAGGACGCAGGGUAACGACGACCGCUUUAGGUUUUACCCUACGGAUCACUCGUCUAACUCUCAUGUUCUCCUGGGGUUGAGGUUGUUCCCAGUGAGUUCUGGUGUGUUUCCAGGCUGGAGAGGUCUCUGUAGUGGAAAACCCCGUGAGACCCCAGCCGACUGCCCACCUGGAGUUGACCUGAGGGAAACCACCCAGCCAGCUGAUAGACCAUCUGAUCUUGGUCAAGGACUGUUCAAAUUUAAAGAACUGUAUGAGAACCCAUGGACUAUCCCCAACCUGCUGUGUGUGUGUCGCAUCGCACUGGCUCCAGUCCUGGGAAUCCUGAUAACUGAGCAACAUUUUCACCUCUCCCUUGGGCUGUUUGCUUUGGCUGGAUUUACUGACGUGCUGGAUGGUUAUAUAGCCCGUAACUGGCCCAGUCAGAAGUCUGCGCUGGGCAGCGCACUCGACCCAUUGGCUGAUAAAAUCCUCAUCAGCGUUCUCUACAUCAGUCUCACCUACGCACAGCUCAUCCCAGCUCCCCUGACAGCGUUGGUGAUAGCCAGAGACGUUGGUCUGAUAGCGGCUGUUUUCUACGUCAGAUACAAGACUGUCCCACCACCUGUGACUCUCAGUAAGUUUUUUAACCCCUGCUACACAACAGCGCAGCUCAAACCCACCACCCUCAGCAAGGUGAACACAGCGAUCCAGCUCUUCCUAGUAGCAGCAUCGUUGGCCUCACCUGUCUUUCACUACACAGACAGUCCGCUCCUGCAAGCCCUAUGGUAUAUCACAGCGGUAACGACGACUGUGUCAGGCUACAGCUACUAUCACUAUGGCAUGAAGACUGUCGCUGUGCUCAACAGCACCAAGUAACCAUGGCAACUCAGCAAGCGCCAAGUAACGGUUGCAACUUAAUACACUCCACAACCAUUGUUGCGCCUGAGUACUCAAGUUGAACACACCCACGUGUGUUUGGAAAGACUCCAAAAUGAACUCUGAGUGUGUAUUUUUAAUCUCAGUAUUGCCAUGGGAACGUUUUGUAUCUGAUGAAUGUGAUUAAACGAUAAACCUGC